UACGUUUCUCUGCCGCACUACACUUCCUGGGUCUCACUUCGCUGGGGACGUAGGACAUCAGUAUCCAGCCAGUGCUUUAUCCCAAAUACCCUUUAAGGAGACUUUUAUUCGUCGAAAUACUUACAGUUUGUUUUCAGAAUUCUUUUGAAUGACCGUGAAAGCCGUGAGAUACUUGCUGAAAGGAGCCUCGCCGUUCCGGAGUGACCAUGAGGGAUGAAGUUUGCGUGACUCGCUUCUUUAUUUCUCUCCUCGUCUCACUGUCAUCUAGAGUAUAUUGUCGACCAGCUCCGCCUCUCGAAUGCACCGCGGACGGACACACCCUGCUUCAGAACCCUUACCGCAGCACCAGCUUCAGCUCUCAGCGGCUCCAGCAGUCCUCCCUGCAGGCUCUCGUGUGUGACCACUCUCUCGCUCCCGGCUGGUACCAGUUCCAGAUCUUUGACAAGCCUGCCGUCAUGCCAACCGAAUGUGUUGAGGUAAACCACUGUGGGACGCAGGCCCCGGUGUGGCUCUCACUCAGGGAGGGGGAGACACUGCCCCAGCCUCUACAGAUUAAGCAGAUGACUGCCUGUGCCACGUGGCAGUUCUAUUUCAGCAGCAGUAAGGACUGCUGCCUCUUCCGCAUCCCUGUGACCGUGCGGAACUGCGGGGACUUCUUUGUUUACCUGCUGCAGCCGACGCAGGGAUGCAUGGGCUACUGCGCGCAGGAGAUGGCAAGUGUAAGGCCAGGAGUCUGUGCCCCAGAUGAGAUGGAUGUUGAUGGAACCUGUAGAGCUAAACAUCCAUCUUUGCCAUCAGCUCCCAAAAUCAACGCAAAUCUCUCGGGAAGCAAUAUUUACUUAAAGUGUAGUUUUGAGGCCCGGAAUGAGAACAGCUCCUUGGGUUUUAUUGUGACAUGGUCACGGAUGUCACCGGACAGCAAGAAGGAGGAGCUCAAACAGGAGACCACUGUGCAGACCUUCUCAUACAUUGAGCUGGAUGGAAUUAACCUGCGACUUGGGGAUAAGAUCUACUGCAGCUGCUCCAGCUUCUUUCUUGACACUCCAGAAAUACGAGGAACCCCAGUGGAUAGUGAGCAGUUCUUCGCUGGAAUCAGGUUGAUUCCAGAAGCUAUGUCUAUCUCUGAAGAUGGGAGGGAGUACAAACUGACUGUGGAGAGCACAGUUCCCAUCCCCUGUUCCUCAAAUGGAAGACCUGUGAAGGAGUGCGCUCUCACCUUACACCUGGGUGCCAGAAAUCAAGGAGAGGAUCACCGGAGCCCGAAUGUGGCCCUGUCUUCCUGCUCUGUGGAGCUUCCACAGACGCCUUGCUGGAAUGGAAUCUGCAGUGCUGCCGUGGUCCAUUUCUCUGCCGUGAUAGACUUUGUGCAGGACGGGGACCGAACCACUGAGAUUUUGGUCCAGCCAAUUGGUAGUGAAAAUUUCCUGUGGAGGGGUUACACUCCGCAGACCAUCCAGAUUCAUGUGAAGGAUGUUCCCUCUGCCUACUGCUACUCUUUCAGUGAUCCACACGUGAUUACGCUUGAUGGCAGGAGGUAUGAUAAUUUCAAGACCGGGACUUUUGUUUUCUACAAGAGCACAGUGAGGGAGUUUGAAGUUCAUGUCCGUCAGUGGAAGUGUGGAGGACUACACUACCCAGCAUCCUGUGCGUGUGGUUUUGCUGCCCGAGACGGUGGCAGCGUUCUCACCUUUGACAUGUGCAAUGGACAGCGGGGAAGCAGCAGGCCACAGCUGUCUGUGAAGAGCAGGGAUGUGGGUAGAAGUGUGCGGAUCACAGAGUCCUACGAGGGCAGGAAAGUGACGAUCAUAUUUUCAUCGGGGGCCUUUGUGCGAGCGGACGUGGCCGAAUGGGGGAUGAGUCUUAGCCUGCGAGCUCCUAGUUCUGACUUUGGGCACACAGAGGGCUUGUGUGGGACCUUCGACGGGGACCCCCACAAUGACUUCCGCAGGGCGGGGGACACCGCCGUCCAGGAUGCUUCUGAGUUCAUCGGCCGGUGGAGACUUCCCCCUGGCAGCAGCCUGUUUGAUAGCGUUCCGCACCAUGAAAAUUCGGAAAAUGUCAGGCGCUACUGUGACUGCGAACAGGAAGCCUACGUGUCCAAGCCACCCCCCGUUCCCACAACCUGUGCUCAUCCCGGCAACGUGAGGCUCCCAUCGGUGAUACCUUUCCAGGACGUUACCGCGGAAUACUUAAGGUCGGUGCUGCCAGUGAACGGCACGGACGAGAGUCGGGAGAAGCUUCCCUGGAAGAGGCAGGAAGUCCCCCACAGCCAGGUCAGAGGAAUGAUGAACGAUAAAUCGUUUGAUAGCACUGGCAGGCUUGCCGGGCAGGACAGCAGCUCCCACGCUGCCAGUGCCAGAUGGAAACGGCAGAGCGGGUCACCCGUCGUGGAGUUUUCACGCCAGAGUCUGACUCAGGCCGUUCUGGAGGGCCUCACCUACUUCUUCCCCGAUGACCAUGUGGAAGAUGACCGGUCGGAGCCUUCGCUGCCACGGCCCCCCGCGUUGGGCCCGACCGCGGCCCAUACCAUGCAACUCUGCCUCCGCGCCGUGGUCAAUUCCAGUGUGGCGAUGGCCUGCGGCCCCCUGCUGGCCGACACUCUGAAUGACGCAGUGUUGAUGUGCGUGGCUGACCUGCAGCUGAAGGACGACCAGGCCUGGUUGAGCGCUAGCCUGCCCCUGCUGCAGAACGAGUGCGAGAGGAGGCUGAUCCAGGACGGCGGGGGUGGCGAGUGGGGCACCGCUGUGGCCCUUCUCAGGUGUCCUGAACUGUGCAGCCACAACGGGCACUGCUCCGAGUCGGGCUGCGUGUGCCUCCCUGGGUUCGGGUCCUACGACUGCAGCAUGCUCUCUGAUCAGAUCCCAGAGAUCACGGAGUUGGAGAGGGCAGGUCUCUGUGAUGUCCGUCAGCGUGAGUGCUCCACCGUCAGGGUGUCUGGUCAGGCUUUCCAAGCCUCCACUAAGCUCAAGUGUGAAGUGGUGAAAGAAAAGCUUGUCAAUGGCGAGUGGGUUCUGGAAGACCCGCAGUUAGUUUCUGCCUCCUUCCUGAGUCCUACGUCUCUGGAUUGUCAGCUCCCAGUGGAAGGAACACAAGGUCUUGACGGCCUGGAAGCAGAAACAAUCAACAACAAACCGAUGGCUAGGUGGCAAAUUAAAGUUUCCAACGAUGGGCAUGGGUUUAGCAAUGCCAAGGUCCUGACCCUUUUCGACGGAGCGUGUCAGAUCUGCCCACCCCAGGCCGAAGGCCUCUGCACUCUGAGGGAGAAAACGUGCAGCAUCGAUGGGCUGUGUUACGGAGAAGGAGACCUCAACCCCACCAGCCCUUGUCUCAUCUGCCGCCCAGAUUCUUCACAGUUUACAUGGUCUGUUUUUGAAGCAAACAAAGCCCCCGUGUUCCAGCCUCCACAAGCCCAUCUGAGGACCUUCUACGGCGAGAACUUUGUGUACCAGUUCCUUGCAUCAGAUCCCGAGGGCUCGGCGGUCCAGUUCACACUGGAGUCUGGACCGAAAGACGCCAUUCUGUCCCCCGCUGGGCUGCUGAUUUGGAAAGUCACCUCAGCUUCUCCGCAGACCUUCGUGUUCACAGUUAUUGAUGACUGUAAUGCAGCCACCCGGGCCGUCGUAGAGGUUUUAGUGCGGUCAUGUGGCUGCCUGAAUGGAGCUUCCUGCAUCACUAAUAUGAACUUUCCCCCUGGGAGUGGGGAGUACCUGUGUGUGUGUCCAGAUGGGCACCAGGGGGCGCAGUGUGGGCGUCGGUCAGACAACUGCAAAUCCAACCCUUGUCACUUCGGCAGGUGUGUGGAUGGACUCAACUCUUACUCAUGUGUGUGUCCACCUGGAUUAACAGGCUUGUCUUGUGGGGAGGAUGUUGACGAAUGUGAGUCUGCACCAUGUUUUCCCCAAGUUGGUUGCAACAACACUUUUGGCUCCUUCAUCUGUGGGCCCUGCCCCGUGGGAUACAGUGGAGAUGGGCGGAGCUGCAGCCGUAAGACAGAUGUGGAUGUGUCUGAAAGUAAAACGGCUCAACCUACCCGAGAGUACCAGACAUUCCUGAGACCCAAAAUUAGCUCUGCUCCUUCGAAGCCCUGUGCUGUGAAGCCCUGCUUCCCCGGGGUUCAGUGCUUCGAAAGCCCCUACUUGUCUGCCGGUUUCACCUGUGGACCCUGCCCUCCUGGGCUCCAUGGUGACGGCUACACCUGUGCCCCAGGCAUCCCAAUUGGGGAGAAGCCGUUCCGUUCUUCUGGCAAGCCGUGGGUCCUUAUUUCUGAGCGCAGCCAGGGCGGGUCUCAGCACGUGCCCACUGUGUCCUCCUCCCAACCUCGGAGGCCCCUAGACGGCCGGCGGACAGCAGCAGGAAGCCACACGGUCCGUCUCCCAGGCCAAGAAGAUGAAGGGCCAGGCCUGGAAGAACACGAGGCUUCUUCCUCCAAUCUGACAUGUGCGGAUGCACCCUGCUUUCCGGGAGUGCCCUGUGAGCCUUCGCAGACAGGGUCGUUUCAGUGUGGACGCUGUCCACACGGGUACACCGGCGACGGGAUUACCUGCAAAGCUGCUUGCCGACACCCAUGCGGGCGGAACAUGGAGUGCUCCCAGCCCAACACCUGCACCUGCAAAGAGGGCUACACCGGAUUCGGCUGCCACAUUGCUGUGUGCCGACCUGACUGCAAGAAUCGAGGCAAGUGUGUGAAACCGAACGAGUGUGCCUGUGCCCUGGGCUACAGCGGAGCCACUUGCGAGGAAGCCAAAUGUGAUCCGCCGUGUCAAAACGGAGGAACGUGCCAGGCCAGAAACCUCUGCACCUGUCAGUACGGCUACGUGGGACCCAGAUGUGAAACGAUGGUGUGUAGCCGGCACUGCGAGAAUGGAGGCGAGUGUGUUUCCCCUGACGUGUGUAAGUGCAAAUCCGGCUGGUUCGGACCCACCUGCAGCUCAGCGGACUGCGAACCUGUGUGCCUGAACGGGGGAACUUGUGUGAAACCCAACAUCUGUCUCUGUCCCAUUGGCUUCUACGGAUCUCAGUGCCAGAUUGCUGUCUGCAGCCCUCCCUGUAAAAACGGGGGUCAGUGCAUGAGGAACAACGUGUGCUCGUGUGCCGAGGGCUUCACCGGGAAGAGGUGCCAGAGCAGUGUGUGUGAUCCGGUUUGCAUGAACAAGGGCAAGUGUGUGGGCCCGAACACCUGCUCCUGUGCCUCCGGUUGGAAGGGGAAAAGAUGCAGUGUCCCCAUCUGCCACCAGACAUGCAGAAACGGUGGCGAGUGCGUGGGACCCAACACCUGUCACUGCCCGCCUGGAUGGGAAGGCCUGCAGUGCCAGACCCCUGUGUGCAAACAGAAGUGCCUGUACGGGGGCCGGUGUGUGCUGCCCGACUUCUGCCACUGUCGGCCGGGUUACGUCGGUGCCAGCUGUGGGAAAAAGGGAUAAAAGUUAGUGCUGAGGACCCCUCUAAAGCACGACUGAAAGAAUCUUUACGCUCAUGCAUAGGUGAGCAUCUGUGCCUUGAGACCCAGCUUUGGAGAUGUGAAUAAGUUGCGAUCUGGAAUGGCCAGAGAGACUAUAAACGUAUCUGUCACUACCUCAAACCCCCGUUGGCAAGCCGUAUGUAUGUAUAGAUGAUCUACAUGGAUUAAAGGACGAUAUCUUUAUAGAGACAUAACUUAGCCUAUAUGAAAUACACAUAUAGAUCACCUUUUUAUAUUUAUGUCAAGGCUGUAAUUGCAGUAUGUACUGGGGGGACACAUCCCACCCCCAAUAUUCAGAUGUGCUCACAAUGCCCCCCCCCACACCCCGCAAUGUCUACCAAAAUAAAAAAUAUAUACAUAAAAAAAAAAAUGUGCAAUGUUACAACAGGCAAUCACGCACUGCUCUCCAAAAUAAUAAUUAAUAAAUGUAAUCAUAAUCGCAAUCAUAAAGUUCACUGUGUGGCCAUCGCCUUGGAUGUCAUUAGGCUUCUUUUGGCAAAACACCUGCAACAUGAUUUUAUAUAGAUUUUUCUUUGAGUUAAUAAUCAAAUAAAUUCAUUUAGCCUCCUGACAUUUUGACCGUUUCAGUUCAAUUAAACAUUAAACAGGUCACAAACCACAUUAAGGGCAUUUUCAUAUAUACACAGAUUUCUGAGUAACUGAACGACACAAAGCACAUUCAUCAGUAUUAAACUCUCUCCUUUCAUUCAUGCUUUCUUCAGCAUUAUUUGACAGCAAUGGGGUCACCAUGCAACCAUCAUACUUUCCCUAUAAACAGAGGGAUCCGUAAGGUUUUAAACUGGACAUAACAAAUUCUCUCAUGUAGCAUGAGUGAAUCAUGGUGCACUAUAAAUAUUUUAUUUGUGAUUAAACAAGCAAAGACACUCUGCCAUGCAUCAAAAGGUCUACCAUAUAAAAGUAUAAGAAUAUAUUUUGAUUCCACUGACCUUUCCACUUAAGUAGAGCACAAGCCAUUUCAAUUUGUGUAUCAAAAGUAAAAAUUUCAUAAAAAUUUGACAUGUAUAGUGGACAUGACAGGGAACAUCUUAAAAGUUAGAAGCUUAUUUGUACAGGACAUUUGGAGAUAUCCUGUCAAACAUGUACAGUAAGAUAUGUCACUGGAUACUUAUUUUCUUGAGUGCGUUUCUAAAACUUUAACUUGUCUGUAAUUUAAUUUGUACCUGGCUGUUAAAGGUUAAGAGACACAAAUAUACCGAUUAGGCUAAUGUAAAAAAUUAUUUUGUUCCGUGUCGUCUCCCCGUUUGGCCAGCAGGUGUCGCUGGCCAUCCUGUCCUCCCCGUUGUCUGUCUUUAGUGUGUUUCCCCUGCUCCCCUGAUGGCCACAUGGCUCAGUGAGCUGAACAUGCAGCUACCUGUGAAGCCCUUACUUGUGUGUUCAAAUCCUAUUUGUCCUGUUUUUGUAUUUUUGCAGAUUUUGUUCCCUAGUGUUUCAUUUGUAACAAUAUUUCUAGUUACUGUGUUUUGUAACUUGGUUUUUUGCUUUGUGCCCGUGGUUGUGUUUUACCUGUUUUUGUUAUUCCCGUAGUGUUAUAUUCUGUUUACUAUUUUCUGUUAGUUUCUGAGUUCCUUGAUUUAAUUAGUUGUUUCUCCUGUUACCUGUUUUCUUGCGCCAGUCCAUGUGUGUUCAGCCCCGAUUGCUCGUUGUCCUGCACCCUCCCUGAUUGGUUAAUUGUUUCAUGUCUCACUCCUGCUAUGUCGUUUACUGGUUAAAUUUGUGUAUUUAUGUUCCCGCCUUAGUCUAUUUCCCCAAUGGAUCAUUGUAUUUCAUGGGUGUAUCAUGACCAUAGGUGAGGGCAAAAAUGUAGAACGACUGGUAAAUUGGAAGCUUCUGGCUCAGCUCCCUCUUUAGCAUUACUGUACAGGGUCUGCACUGAUCCAUCUGCCGAUCUCCUGCUACCACCUUCCUUCACUCGGGAACAAGAUCCUGAGAUACUUCAACUCCACCGCUUGAGGCAGUAACUCCCUCCCCACCAGGGGAAGGCAAUUCACCGUUUGUCGGCUGAGAACCAUCACGUCCUCAGACUUGGAGGUGCUGAUCUUCAUCCCGGCCGCCUCACGCUCAGCUGCAAGCCGCCCCAGUGCAGGCUGCAGGUCACCGGCCGAUGACAGCAACAGGACCACGGAUCACGUCAUCUGCAAACCCAUGGCCUGUGUCUUUUUGCGGUUUAUGGAGUUACAAUAAUUAAUUCAUUAAUUUACUCUGUUUUCUAAUGUAUGUUACUUGAUACUGGAGAGUGUUUUUUGAAUAAAAUUGGUUUUAAAAGUGUUGUGGUUUUGGUUAUAUAUAGAUGCCAAAACUUUUUUUUUUUUAAUAUUUUUUGUGACUUUCAUAUAUUUACAAUUUCUCAAUAAAUGAAGCACAUAGGUUCUAUCCCUAUUCUAUCCA